CAGCCAAACCAGCGCCGGCAGCAGCUUUUCCGGGUUUAUUUUUGGAGGAGGGGGUUGGUCUGAUUUGUCACCUCGACGCAGAGAGUUAACACCAGGAACGGUCAAAUUUUCCUGUGUGUCUGUGGAUUUGGUUCUGACAGAAAGGGAAGGUGCGAGUCCAGCCUCGCUCGCAAUGUCUUCUCGCACCGGACUGCGCAUGCAGCUAAUGCGGGAGCAGCUGCAGCAGGAGGAGCAGCGAGAGAGGGAGCAGCAGCAGCAGGCAGCCUUGCAUUACAUGCAGCAGCGCAUGGCAGUCACUGCCACACCUGCCAUUAACGUCAGCAACACUGCAGUCUUCCAGCCCAGGCCGCAGGUCCCUGUGGAGGUUCUAAAGGUCGAGACUCAUCUGGAGAAUCCCACAAAGUAUCACAUCCAGCAAUCACAGCGGCAGCAGGUGAAGCAGUACCUCUCCACUACAUUAGGGAACAAGUAUGCUGCUCAACCCCUGCCGAUGGGACACUCCCACCCUGUCCAGCCAUCAGCGGUCUCCCCUGGUCUGAGGAAUGAUCAUGUGAUGUCCAGUUCGACUGGAAACAGUGCUCCCAACAGUCCAAUGGCCAUGCUCAACAUUGGCUCGAAUCCAGUACGAGAGAUAGAUGAUGUGAUCGAUGAUAUAAUUAGCCUUGAGUCCAGCUAUAAUGACGACAUUCUGGGAUUCACUGACCCUGCUGUCCAGGCACCGAACACUUUGCCACUUUCCACUGGUCAUUUGGAGGUUUACUCAAGUCAUGGCAUUGCAGCCCCCACGAGUACUUCAUGUCCGGCAAAUAUCACCAUCAAAAGGGAAAUGUCAGAUGCAGAAGCACGGGCCUUGGCUAAGGAGCGACAGAAGAAAGAUAAUCACAACCUGAUUGAACGCAGGCGAAGGUUUAACAUCAAUGAUCGAAUAAAAGAGUUGGGAAUGCUAAUCCCCAAAUCCAACGAUCUUGACGUUCGCUGGAAUAAGGGAACGAUAUUGAAAGCUUCUGUGGAGUACAUCAAAAGGCUCCAGAAGGAGCAGCAAAGAACCAGGGAGAUGGAGGGUCAAUCGAAGAGGCUGGAGAUGACCAACAGCCACCUCCGCUUUCGCAUUCAGGAACUGGAGAUGCAAGCACAGGCCCAUGGACUAUCCACCGCCUCCCCCUCGGGGUUAAACACAUCAGAGCUCACCGGCUGCUCCUCCAUCAAACCUGAACAGAAUGUCAUGGACAUGUUUCAACACCAGCAGCACCAACAUCUGCAGCCUCCCCAAAGCCAAGUGGACUUUCCUCAGGCCCUCGACUUCUGUGACAGCUCGCUGGGUUUCACUGACCCCAUGAACCAAUUCACUGACCUCUCCUUCAGCAUUCCCACCAAAAAGGAAUACCAGCUGGAUGAGAUGCUGAUGAUGGACGAUGCAGUUUCUCCCUUGGGGAGGGACCCCUUGCUGUCCUCGGGGUCACCAGAGGCAUCGAAAGCCAGCAGCCGAAGGAGCAGUAUUAGCAUAGAUGAUGCUGAUAUUCUGUGACACACUCACACUCAGAGACACACACGCACACAUACACAGACACACUCACUCUCACAGACACAGUCACAUACACACAGACACUCUCACACGCGCACCCACUCACUAACACACAGACACGCUGAUACAGUAUAAACUAUUGGUUAGGGCUCAACCUUUUAAGGUUUGGAAAUAAUGCCUUGAGCUUCAACUGAAUUUGAAGAAUGUGUCAAACGUUCCUCUUUCUUUCUACUGGAUUCUGAGUUUGAAGAUUUUCAUAUUGUCAAGUCAUUUUGCAGACCAUAUUUUACAGUGACUUAGUGCGACUGGCUUUCCCUCUGUCUGUCCUGUUUGUAUUGUGACCCUGGGGCCUGUUUACUGAUGAUUCCUCAACCCAGCACUUCCAAAGGAGGGGAGCAUUGCCACAGCCAGGGUGCGCUCUCUCUCUCACUCUCUUUCUCUCUCUCUCUCUCUCACGCUCUCUCUCUCUCUCUCAGGUAGACCUAGGCUAUCCUCUUUCUAAGAGAUACCUUGGCCUCAGGCACCGUUUGUGUCUUUAAAAAAAUCCCCAGUGAGUUCAGUGAAAUAUCUGUGGGGUUUCUGUGGGAUGGUCAGUACCCACAUAACAUUUCAACAUUUGAUUUUCAAAAACAUCACAGAAUUGUUUAAAUAUACAAUGUCCCCCAGUGGUUUGUUGAGUUGCUGUUGAUCUUGGGGUUGUCACUGAGCUGUGCUGACGAGCAGGUUUUGGACAAGUCCUUUGCCUGCAUUGAUUUAGCUGGGCCAAGGAGACAGUGGUACUCAAUACCUCUGAUGCAGAAACAGAAAGCUCUUGUCUCUGUUAAUUACCCUUUGAUACCUGUGGGUCCCAGUAUUUAGGAAAUUGGGUUCUGGCUCAUGUAUCCUCUCCUAUCACCUUAAUGCCAGAUCUCUGGGUUAGACACCUCACAAAGAGUUAAUGGUUACUCUUGUCAGAGAGCCACAGAAUUGUUACUGCACAGGUGGACGCCAUUCGGCCUGUUGUGCAUGUACUGGUUCUGUUACCCAGUGCUGACCUCCAGCCUUUUCCUCAUCUCCCUGAACACUAUUUCUGCCCAAAUCACCAUUGAAUGCUCUUUUGACUGCCUCAAUUGAACCUGCCUCCGCCACAUGUCUACGCCUUGUGUCCCAGACUCUAACUACUGUAUCUGUUAGUUGCUUCAAAAGGGAAAAGGUGAGAAUUGAAAGUUUCUGGGCUGCCUUUCUGUGAUGCUGACCCUGUGGAUUGCUGUCAGGCCGAUAUGCCAUCAGAAAUGGUGUGAGUGUGGUCUGGGGCUGUUGGUUGAGUAUUAACUUGUCAGGAAAUGUUGGGUUUUGUAGUUUUCGAUUGUUCUCUGGUACUUUAACUUAAAUUCAGAGAUGGAAGCGCAGCCAUCUGUGAGGAGCAAGGGGCUCCUAUCUCACUGGCACAGUUUCAUUUGGAUGACCCGAACAAUCUGUGCACAGUUUUAAUUGUAGACCAAACUGAUUCCUGCAGCAACUCCAAUCAGUAAGACUUCUGGACAGAUGAGGCUUGAGGAAGUGAUAAACACAUUUCACCAGGCAAGGAGCUUUAGAGAAGACGAACAGGAUGUAUACUGACCAACACAGGGAGGGCACCAGCUUUUCCCUGCAGUUAAUCAACCCCUUCCCCUUUCAAACAUUACCCUGUUUCAUUGCCCAUUCACACAGAUCAUUACAGCUCACUGUAUCGAGCCAUUCUGCUUCUCCCCCUCUGGCAUUUUACCAAUUGCCUUUGGUUUGUAACCCUCUGUUUACUGCUAUUGGAAACAGUUUUUUUUUAUCCAUUCUAUCACAACUCUUGAUGACUUUGUGCACUUUUAUUGAGUCACCACAUAAUCCUCUCUGCUCUUGGAGAACAAACCUAGUUUGUUCAGUCUCUACUGGGAAGAGAAAUUCCUUAUCCCCAAUUGUCCCUCAUUCCCCAGAACAUCCUUUCUUCAAGAGGACUUUCCAAAUCCAUGAUCAUGUCCAUCAGGAAGGAUAAGGACAACAGAUACAUGGCAACACCACCAGCUGCAAGUCCAGUCUAAGUCACUCACCAUCCUAACUUGGAAAUAUAUCCCCAUUCCUUCAGUGUUGCUGGGUCAAAAUCUUCAAAUGUCCUGACUUAUGGAACUGUUGCUAUUUUUUUUGCCACGGGGAUUACAAUGGUUUAAGACAAUAGCUCCCCAUGAUCUUCCCUAGGGCAAAUUAAGAUGGACAGUAUCUUCUGCCCUUGUCUCAAUGGUGGCAUCCCCGGGACAAAUGAAAACAUUAAUAGAACUCCUCUAACUUUCUCCAAGACCCCUUGACUUCAUGCCCAAAGUAUGGUGCCCCAUGUUGGACACAAUAUCUCUGGGCAGAAGUGGGUACUGCCGAUGUUGGAGAUUGGAGUCAAGAUUAGAGUGGUGCUGGAAAAGCGCGGCAGG